AUGUGCAGGUGCUCACUUACCGUUUCAGGGUGCAACUGUUCGAGAGCGGGAUCAGAGAGCAACGUUUGUGAUAUACGAACGGGACAAUGUCGUUGCAAGCCGCACGUCACCGGCAGAGCCUGCGACACUUGUGCGGAAGGGUAUUGGGGCCUAGACCGUGGCGAGUGUCGUCGGUGCGAAUGCGGCGCGGGUGCAUCGGCGUGCGACCCCGUGAGUGGGAUGUGUGCUUGCGCAGCUGGAGUUGGUGGCGCACGCUGCGAUCGAUGCCUAACGGGGUACUACGGGUUUAGUGCAACUGGGUGUCUCCUAUGCCCGCAUUGCUCGGAUGGAAAAGUGUGUUCGCCAGUGACUGGCAGAUGCGUGUGUCCCGGACGUAGUCGCGGGCCAAGUUGUUCUCAAUGCGCCAAGGGGUAUUGGGGUCGAGAACUGGGAUGCAAAUCCUGCGCUUGUGGCCCUGGCGCUGUGUCAGACACAUGCGACAUGGUCUCGGGGUCUUGUGAAUGUCGUGUGGGAUGGACGGGCCGUGCUUGCGACCGUUGUGAGAGAGGUUUCUUUGGCCCGCGAUGUCGGCCUUGCAGAUGCUCCACAGCUGGCACGAGGUGCUCAGAUGUCUGUGAAUGUGAUGAGAAUGGACGGUGUCCUUGUAAGGAGAAUGUUGUAGGCGAUAAAUGCGAUAGAUGUCUAGAAGGCACAUUUGGUUUGUCGGAGACAAAUCCAGUGGGCUGCACUGCGUGCUUUUGCUUCGGCCGAGCUGCAAAAUGUACGCAGGCUGAUGUCGUGAGAGCCGCUUUACACGCGGCUGCGCCUUUGCAUCUUACGCUACUCAGGGGAGAUAUUACUAAUAUGGAGCAAGAAUCUCUUCUAGCAGUGCACACCAGAAACCUCGAAGUGACCAUAUCAGUACCCCAGCCCCCGGUACCUGUAUACGCAGAACUAGGGGAAGUGUUCCUUGGUGACAGAGUCAUGUCGUAUGGCGGAGCUCUUAGGUUUCGAGUUGAAGAAGAAGGGGGAGAACCUUUGCCGCAGCCCACGUUGUCCAAAUUUCCUCUAGUCAGCUUACAUGGAGGGUCCUUGGUGUUGGACCAUUAUGAGCGUCUACCAGCAAUAAAUGGUUCGUAUGCGGUAUAUUUACACGAAUCCCUGUGGGAGGUGCGCGGGCGCAACGCAGUUGCAUCGCGAGGCGCCCUCAUGUUGGUGCUGCAAGACUUGCAACACGUCUUCAUACGAGUCUCUACUAGAAUGCCUAACUAUCGGGAGCCUCUACAUAUAUUGUUACUGAAUGUUUCCCUGGAAACAGCAGUAGCUGGCUUAUCUCGAGGUGCUCCAGCUCCUGGGGUGGAAAUGUGUGAGUGCGGUACGGGAUUCAGUUCUGGAUCGUGUCAUAAACCCGCUGCUGGCUUUUGGUUACCACCCACCCCUCCCCGGCUGAGACAGACUGCAGGAACGAUAUUAAUACAUUUGGAAAACACUCCAAAACCCUGUGACUGUAAUCAUCGAGCGAAAUUAUGUCAUCCUACCACAGGGGACUGUAUGAAUUGUACGGACAACACAUCCGGAAGACAUUGUGAGAAUUGUGCCGAUGGGUACUUUGGUAUUCCUGAUGGACCUGGCGGAUGUCAACCAUGCCCCUGCCCAGCGCCUAAUAGGAAUAGAGCGAUAUCUUGUUCCCCGGGGCAUAACAGACUGCAUUGCUAUUGUAGGCCAGGCUAUACUGGUAUCGCAUGUGAAUCGUGCGCAGCGGGCUGGGUCCGUAACGCACUCGGGGAUUGUGAGCCUUGCACUUGUGAUACUCGUGGUGCACUCACGCAAACAUGCGACGCACACGCUCGCUGUCACUGUCGCACUCAUGUUGUGGGAGAUAAGUGUGACAGGUGUGACCUGACUCGGCAUUAUUUGGAUGAAGGAGGAUGUAGACCGUGCAAUAACUGUACACAAACACUCCUUGACACCGUCGAAGCAAUGACUGCAGACCUUCACAGACGGGCUGACAUAACAGAACUGACUAAAAUACCACAACCAUUCCCUGCCCUUCGAGAGUUUCAACAGCGUUCAUCAUAUUUACAUAAUCAACUGCGCCAUUUAAAAACUGACAUUGAGACAUCCCGUAUAAUAUCAAGUACAAUGAACGAUUUGGAAGAAACGGAGCAUAGGCUCUUCACCUCAGCGCAUUAUUUAAAAACAGAAGCAGCUAGACGAGAAAAAGAAGCUCAAUAUCUGAGUUUAGAGGGUAUGAGUGGUUUGGAAGAGGUAUUAAAACAAAGGAGAUUGUUGGGGGAAGAAGUCGCAACUUUGGAUGAUUUUGCUCGUGGAGAGAAACAUUUGAGCGCGCAUCGAGCUUUGAAGGAAGCGAGGCGGCUUUUGAAGGCUAUAAAGGAAAUUCAACUGGUGGAUCAUUUGGCUGGAGCAACCGACGUAUCUGAUUCUGCUAAUCUGCAGUCAACUUCAGUCCACGAGUACUCCUAUAGAAUAGAAGACGUAUAUCGUCGUGUGCACAAAAUGCAGGCAGCUCUCGACCAAUGGGAAAACAAAAUGGAUGACAUUGUAAAACUAUCUCAAGUCGUCUGGAAUUCGGGAGAUGUGGUUACUGAGCUAAGAAAAAGAGUCGCUCCUAGUCUUGUGAGGUUAAGGAAUAUGGGUCUGCAGUGUCGAAUUAUGCUUGAGGAAAUCGCAGAACAACCUAUGAAAAACCUCACUGAGGAAGCCAAAGUAGCCAUUACGCAGAGUAAAAAAUAUAUUAACCGUCUUCCGCAAAUGAUUGACGAGUUACAAAGUCUAAAAUCCGCUGCUGAAGAAAAAGAGGGCAUUUUGUAUAACCUCACUCCGGUGUAUAAAAAAAAAUAUCUAGAUGAAGUAGUAAUACAUGCCGCGAAGCUGAAUGAAAAAGCGGAGGAGUAUAAAAAUUUGUUUGCUGGGACCCGCGCAGCCGCGUCGUUAGGCGUACAAGCCGCAGGUGCCUGGUCAGCAGUGAGCAGUGCAGUCAAAGACGCCGGUGCUGCUGCUGAUAACGCCACCGCUGCUACGGCAGAAGCGAUUCACCUUGCCAGAGGACAAGAGCCCUUAAUCAAGACCGCUAACGGGCAUUGGACGGCUUCAGAGGAACUUAAGAAACGUGGAACAGCUAUUUUAGCCAGAGCCUACGAACUCGGCCAUGGCGUGGAAAGUGCAGCCCGCAGUAUAGACUCCAUCAGUGUGGGAUUGCGUGCGUUAGGCUGGAGGGAACGGUCCUUGGCUGCUGGGGCUUCUACGGCUUCUUCAGGACUUGGCGGCACUGACAAUGGCGCACUGGUCUCGCUUAAAAGCGCUGGAGAACAAGCUGAACGAGUGUUCGCUGUCUCCAGGGCCCUGUACGACGAAGCAGCUGAGCUUAGACGACGUGUGAGAUACAACCUGCGCAGAAAACUUGCAGCGCUGCAGCGGCUGGGAGAUACAGCGCUUGGUGCGGCAGAGGAACAUGUAUCUCAAAUCCGGGGAAAUACGCUCCGAGGUGCGGAAGUAUCUGAAGCGUUAGCAGCGGCGGCAGCAGCUCGCGCUCGAGAGCACUCCGCAGCGUCCGCUUCUCUUGAACCAGCGCUACGUUCGCUUCGGGAACGCGUCGAGCGGGCCAGACACGCUGCAGGCACGAUCACUGUGUCAGUUCGUUCACCUCUUUCGGGCGUGGGUUGCGCUCGCGCAUACAGUAUGUGGAAUGCACCCAGUGUCACCAGACUUUCUCUCGCGGUUAGCUUCGACGGCGAGGUUAAGGACGGGACUUUGAUUUUCUUAAAGGACCAGGAAGCCCUGGAGCGUUAUAUGCGUCUAUCUGUGGUAAACAAAGGAUUGCGUCUGAGUUGGAAUGUGGGUGGGGACGAAGGUCUCAUCGUACACCCAGAGCCAUUGCAGUCCACCGUCGACGAUGCUGAUCACACGGCGUAUAAUAUUGAUAUUGAAAGGGUAUGGAGUACGGUUCGUCUACGCGUCGAACGAUCAGGCAGCCCCGCCGUCACAUCCAGUAACAGUACAUCCAGUGUUGCAAGUUCAGGGCUUCUGCGGACUUCUCUAGUGUGGCUCGGAGAGACAGUGGCACCUUUGCCGGGAUGUGUGCACACCCUGAAGGAUGAUAGUGGAGCGAUAGGACUGUGGGCGUUUAAUAAACAACCCCCAAAUGCUAACUGUAUUGGCUGUACACAUAGACGUAUAAGCCAAUCUCGCGGCUCAAGCGGUUGGGUCCAGUUCAGUGGAUCGGGAUAUGCAGAAGUACGGAGGUCCGGACUUCGACCUGCCGAUCGUCGACGUUUCACCAUCGCCUUCACUUUUCGCACUAAGGACCAUAACGCUCUCCUAUUUUUGGCGCUCGAUACUGUUAAUAAUCGGUCAGUGAGCGUGUGGCUGCGGUCAUGUCGCGUUGUGUUCGCAGUUCAGUACGAAGGGUCGCUGCUGGAGAUAUCUUCCAGCACUUCCCACUGCGAUGGCUCUGGCGCUCACGUGCAAGCCACGAGGGUCUUCAAUGGUCUGGAAAGAGGCAGCCUGCGCGUAAACGGCGAAGAGACUUUGGGCUCGCCUUCCCCCCCUGUACAAAGUGCUGCUCUUCUGCCUGAUCUGCAGCAGGCCGUUUACUGGCUCGGGGGAACGCCCCCUGGUGACCAUCCAGGGGAGAGACCACCACCCCUGAUGGGCUGCAUUGGAGCGUUGACAGUCGACAGAGAAGGUUACGACUUGUUGGACACGCCUACAAGACACGGAGUGGAACCUGGAUGUUCUGCUAAGAGCCAUCGAUCAGCCAUCUUCGAAGGUGAAGGUUACAUAGAAAUGCCGUCGCCGGCUGUCAGAAGGAAGUCCUCCCUUGGAGUAUCUUUCAGAAGCCGCUCACCGUCAGGUCUCCUGGUGUACCGUGCACCUGCUGCUGGUUCUAACGAAGUUGACGAUGAAGACGAUGGUGACGAUGGACACUAUCUGGUGAUGGCUAUUGUUAAAGGUGAACUAGAGGUGAUAGCGGCGGCGGGCAAAGGAGAGCUGCGCCUGCGCAUUAAUGACACAAAGCUGGAUGACGGACGAUUGCACAGCAUCAGACUGAUACGAGCACAUAAACAGCUGGAAGUGUGGAUAGACGAGAAGGCAGUGGGUAGUGGAGCCCUAGCCGGCGGAGGCUUCGCCCCUCGUCCUCGAGGAUUAUUCUUGGGAGGUGCUCCGCCCUCGCAACGAUCUAGUGUACUGUUACCCGCCAACUUUUUUGUUGGUACCAUCACGGAUUUCAUUGUCGACUCUACAUUACUGGGACUAGAAGAUGGCGUGAGUUGGGGUGAAGUGAGAGUAGGUCGGGCCGACAGUGACGCUCGUAUUGACCCACCCGCUGAACCGCAGGCAGACUCCGCUACUUUGUGUACUAAGAUGGGAUCAUACACAGUGGAGGCAGGUGCAGUGAAGUUCGGAGACUCAGUCGGCAGCUACGCCUCGCUUAAGCUCCCGCGCCAAGGAGCAAAGGCUGAAUUCUCCAUCACACUUCAGAUACGGACAUUUGCUACUGAAGGCAUCUUGUUCUUGAUACCCGGAUCAAAACAAAAAGCAAAGCACUUCACGGCUCUUUUGAUGCAUGAGGGUAAAAUGCGUCUGAUAGUGCGUGGAAGGAAAAGAAAAGAAAUCUCUCUGGCUACAACUCUCGCUGAUGGCACAUGGAGAUCUGUGACUGUCCGUAUAUCUCGCAACCGAUUAGUACUAUCAAGUGGCGGCGCGGCUGCCACCGCCCGUGCGCCGGCGCAUUCUCGCGCCAACCGGAUAUACGUGGGAGGCCUCCCUGUCGGGCAUUCGCUUCCCAAUAUACCUAAUUCGGUGCUACGUGUGGGUAGUUUCCGCGGUUGUAUACGCCGCGUGUCAGUGUGUGGUCGCGCUGAAGAUCUAGUACGUGAUGCGCGUGCGCACGCCGCAGUCGGACAGUGCUUCCCUAGUGUUGAACGGGGAGCGUAUUUUGCAGGGGACGCAUACGCAGUUUGGUCAACUAAAUGGUGGACAGAAGAAUCAGAAGUAAUCGAAGUGCGGCUCCAGUUCCGGUCCUUUGCUGCCAAUGGAGUUAUCAUCUCUGGAAGUGGAGCCACGUUGGAAAUUAAAAACGGAAUGGUGGUAUUAAGUGGAGGCGGCGCUCGCGCAGAAUGGCACGGGUCGGGCAACAGCGGUGUAACCUGCGAUGGCGCCUGGCAUUCCGUGGUCGCACGCAUCUCUGCGCAGGCGCUUUCCCUGUCACUAGAUGGCGCUGGAGAGGAAAGGGCGUCUACGCCUACGCUCUUUAACGUCGACACUCCCACCACAUCCCCACUCUAUAUAGGAGGGUUACCCGAGAGCUCCGUGGACGCAUCCGAGAAUCGCGAAAACUUUAAGGGUUGUAUUCGCGAGGUUUCAGUGGGCGGGGUGAAGCGGGAAUGGCCCGAUAUGCAGACGCUGCAUCAUGUUUUACUCGACUCUUGUCCCACCUCGUAG